AAAGAAAUUAACCAUUGUGCUUGUUUCAGAGGGUUAUCGAAGCUAAAUCUGCGAUGUCAGACGACAUCUUGUACCGGGUAAUAACGGAAGCAGACGUGGACGAGGUAAUCCGGCUGAUGGAUGAAGACUUUUUCAAGGAAGAGAUCAUCGCAAAAAGCCUAGGUUUUGAAACGCCUCGGGAGACUAAAGCUUACUACGACACCAUGAUGGGGGUCUUUGUAGACUCAAAGCUCUCUGUUGUAGCGGUAGAUUCUUCUCAGGCGAAAAUUGUUGGCGUCAUUUUGAACCUUGUCUCCACGCCAGAUAAUCCCAAUGAAUUCAGCUUUGACACUGAUGACAAGGACACCAGCAAACUGGCCACGAUGGACAAAGUGUACGAUCCAGUGUAUGAUGACGUGGACUUCUACCAGCUCUACGAUACUUCAAUUCUAGUGGCCAACAGGGUAUUGUGCGUGUCCAAGAGCCAUAGACGUAAAGGCAUCGCUAUGGGUUUGAUAAGGUCAACGCUUGAGAAAAUCCGUUCGCAGGGAAUUCCUUGUUACGUCGUGGAGGCCACUAGUGCUUACACUCGGAUUAUGAUGGAACGAUUAAAUUUCGAUAAGAUUAGCGAGAAACCGUAUACAGAGCUUCUGGUUAAUGGCCAGCAGAUCGUUACGGACACAUCUGUCCACAAAUCAGUGUCACUACACGCAAAACGGUUGUAAAACAAUAACAUUGGACGAAAAAUCAUGGUUGACCAUUAUGUAUUACUUUCUCAGAGUGCAUGACGUUAAAGCGUAUAGGCGACGUCAUUUUCAAAGAAAAUUUGGUGGCUUUCUGUGAGGUACUUAUGAAGAACCUAUUCUUCUUGGGUUCCAUCCUAGUUUCUCAAAGUCAUCGACAAUUACCUUUCAAAUAAUCAUGGGAGAAUUGAUUUUUUUCUGGAUUACAAUCAAGGAUGAAAAAUGAACUUAGCUCAUUACAGGUGUUUUAUAGGAUUCCAAUACACGGCUGUGAAACUUUUUCUUAUAAUUGGUUGUUAAGAUCAUUACAGCGAAACGCCCAAAGAAAUAAUCUAUGGUAGCUAUUGGUUGUCGGGUUCAAUGGCAACGAAUUCUGUUUUAUAUCAACCAUGUUUUCUAUUUAGGUGAAAUUUUUACUGUUACCUUUUUAUGGAUAACUGAAUUAUACAUACAUGAUCUUUAAGACAUUUAUUAACAUUGUCAAGAAAGGGCACAAGGUUAAGCAGUCAUGAAUGACCAAAUACUUUUUUGAACAUCUGUCUGUAUUUGAAAUAGCUAUGUUUAAGAGUUAGACGUAAUGGUUUGGAUGGGUUAUCCAUAUAUUGUACACUAUCGUUUGCAACCGUUUAUAAACAUCUCACGGUGUGUUUUUUCAAUGAAGAAAAUUAUGGUAUAUUUCCAUCACUAUAAUGCCAUAGCAUUUUCUAUGAUACAUACUUUCAAAAGUGAGGAAAAGAAACCAUCAUUGGCAUUCAUAGUAUUUGGCUAUAGAAUAGAAUAACUUCUACGGUACUUCUCAGUAAUAUGUAUGCAGUGAAGUAUGCAAGGAAUUACUUUGUUCUGUUACUAGAUUGUAAUGUUUGCCCGUCAAAUGCCUUUC